AUGAAAAGAGGGAACAUUCAGGCUUUUCAAGAUGAGUUCAGUGGAACAGUUUAUUUCAAUUGCAACGGGAGGUUUCAGUGCCGAUCUUCCUUUAAAUGUAUUGAUCAAACAGCAAGGUGUGAUGGCGUCUUCAAUUGCAAAGACGGAGAAGAUGAGUACAGAUGUGUCAGACUGAGCGGCAAAAGGGCUGUGCUGCAGGUGUUCAGUUUCGGAACUUGGCGGACUGUGUGUUCCGAUGGCUGGAAAGACAACUAUGGGAAUGUUACAUGUAAAUACUUAGGAUUUUCAAGUUUUGUAAGUUCAUCUGGCUUCCCAGUGGCUGCCAUUGAGAAUGAAUUCCAGAAAUAUUUUGUUACUGCAAAUCGUUGGUUAUCAGCUGAUCAACUCACAUCACCACAAAAUGCUACUGAUUUACGAGAAGAAUGUAUUUCAGGCAAUGUAAUUGUCUUAAAAUGUUUAGCAUGUGGUACCAGAAUUUGGUACUCCCCACGUAUUGUCGGUGGAAAUGUGUCCCUGCUCCAGCAAUGGCCAUGGCAAGCCAGCCUUCAGUUUCAAGGAUAUCAUUUGUGUGGGGGGUCAGUCAUUACCCCACGGUGGAUUGUUACAGCAGCCCACUGUGUUUAUGAAAAUGGAAAAGCUAAUUAUUGUCUUGGGAUAUCAGGUGAUACUUCAGAAACCAUGAAAUAUGCUGGUGUCCCUCUAAUUUCUAACAAAGUGUGCAAUCAUGGAAAGGUCUAUGGAGGAAUUGUAGCAUCAUCAAUGCUCUGUGCAGGUUAUUUAAAAGGAGGCAUAGACACCUGUCAGGGAGACAGCGGGGGGCCACUGGCAUGCAAAGAUUUGAAUACCUGGAAGUUGGUGGGAACAACCAGUUUUGGGGUGGGCUGUGCAGAAGAAAACAAACCUGGAGUCUACAGUCGCAUCACCUCAUAUCUGGAUUGGAUACAUGAACAAAUGGAGGUUUACUCUCUUGAUAGUUUCUUUUCUGGGCUUAAGCGUAUUGAUGUGCCUCACUUUGAAACCAAGAACAGAAACGAGACACAGAAGCGAGAUACCAAUCUUGCACUAAUGCCAACCAGUAUGAAGUUUGCAAUGGAUUAA